AUGCUGACUCUUUCCUUUUUCCUUGCCAGGCACUUUCUCUUUAAGACCUCCUCGGGGAGCACGCCCCUGUUUAGCAGCUCCUCUCCGGGAUACCCUUUGACCUCAGGAACCGUUUACACGCCACCACCCCGCCUGCUGCCCCGGAAUACCUUCUCCAGGAAGGCCUUCAAACUGAAGAAGCCCUCUAAAUACUGCAGCUGGAAAUGUGCAGCCCUGUCCGCCAUCGCCGCAGCCCUCCUCUUGGCGAUUCUGCUGGCAUAUUUCAUAGCAAUGCAUCUGCUCGGACUCAAUUGGCAACUGCAGCCAGCAGAUGGACACACCUUUAACAAUGGGAUAAGGACCGGCUUACCAGGAACCGAUGAUGUGGCGACAAUGCCAUCUGGAGGCAGAGUGCCCUGGUCAUUGAAAAACAGCAGCAUAGACAGUGGUGAAGCAGAAGUUGGUCGACGGGUGACUCAAGAAGUCCCCCCAGGCGUGUUUUGGAGAUCACAGAUUCACAUCAGUCAACCCCAGUUCUUAAAGUUCAACAUCUCCCUUGGGAAGGAUGCUCUCUUUGGUGUUUACAUAAGAAGGGGACUUCCACCAUCUCAUGCCCAGUAUGACUUCAUGGAGCGUCUGGAUGGGAAGGAGAAGUGGAGUGUGGUUGAGUCACCCAGAGAACGCCGGAGCAUACAGACCCUGGUUCAGAAUGAAGCCGUGUUUGUUCAGUACCUGGACGUGGGCCUGUGGCACCUGGCCUUCUACAAUGAUGGCAAAGACAAAGAGAUGGUUUCCUUCAACACUGUUGUCUUAGAUUCAGUGCAGGACUGUCCACGUAACUGCCACGGGAAUGGUGAAUGCGUGUCCGGACUGUGUCACUGCUUCCCAGGAUUUCUAGGAGCAGACUGUGCUAAAGCUGCCUGCCCUGUCCUGUGCAGUGGGAACGGACAGUAUUCUAAAGGGACAUGCCAGUGCUACAGCGGCUGGAAAGGAGCCGAGUGUGAUGUGCCCAUGAAUCAGUGCAUCGAUCCUUCCUGCGGGGGCCACGGCUCCUGCAUUGAUGGGAACUGUGUGUGCUCAGCUGGCUACAAAGGCGAGCACUGUGAGGAAGUUGAUUGCUUGGAUCCCACCUGUUCCAGCCAUGGGGUCUGCAUAAAUGGAGACUGCCUCUGUAGCCCUGGCUGGGGUGGUCUAAACUGUGAGCUGGCAAGGGUCCAAUGCCCAGACCAGUGCAGUGGGCAUGGCACUUACGUCCCCGACACAGGUCUCUGCAGCUGUGAUCCCAACUGGAUGGGUCCCGACUGCUCUGUUGAAGUGUGCCCAGUAGACUGUGGCACUCACGGCGUCUGCGUCGGGGGAGCCUGCCGCUGUGAAGAGGGCUGGACAGGCGCCGCUUGUGACCAGCGCGUGUGCCAUCCCCGCUGCAUUGAGCACGGGACCUGUAAGGAUGGCAAAUGUGAAUGCCGAGAGGGCUGGAAUGGUGAACACUGCACCAUUGGGUAA